UCAUUUUAUCAACUCCAAUGAAACUACUUAUCAUUUGAUCACUUACAACUUACUCUAUAAAUCUAACCCUAAAUCAUCUACGUUUCUUCAUCCUUUAUACCCUUAGCCUCUUAUUAUCUGUAAGUUUCAUCUCCUACUCAUUUCUCUUCUUCAAUUUUCUUCUUGGUUUUGAAGGAAAAUUUCGUCAAGGAAAAUGAAAUGCUCGAUCACUUUUUAAGUUUACUGGGUUCUUGUUUUUUCCUGGGAGAGAAGUGAUAGAUCUCAUGUUACUCACUUAUUAUGCGAUGUUUCUUCUUGGUUCUUGUUUUUUUUUUCUCUUCUAAUUAGUAAUCCAAUACAUUCUUUGAGCUGUGCCUAGAUCUUGAUGAUGGAGAAAGAACUCGCAGUUUUUUUUUUUUCUUCUUCUUUUCUUUGCGUUGAUCUCUGUCUCCUUGAAUCCACAAGCUAAUUAAAUGGUCGUACACCUAUCUGCCUAUUCUACGCCUAUAGACUUCCAAACCAAGUUCUUUCAUAGAUCUGGGUUAUUUUGUUUGCAGGUGAGUUUGAUUGAUUAGUCUUUUGUUACAGGAGUAUCUGCUUUUCCACUGUCAUAUCCAGAAUCUCUCUCUUCUCUUUCUUGAUAUAGGAAUCUCUCUCUUCUUGAUAGACCAGAUUUUGAAUAAAGCAAUCAGAAUUCACAAGCCAUCCGUACAAACAAUUCAUCUCCAAAACGAAUCUGAGGCCUUUUAACUUUUGAAUAAAGCAAAAAUGGGUCUGUCAAAUCUCCCUUCUCCGUCCGAAGGGAUGCUGUGUGUCCUCCUGGUAAACACAGCCUUGUCUGUAUCAAUCGUGAAAGGCAUAGUCCGAUCAAUCCUUGACAUAGUAGGUAUUCGUCUCUCCUCAUCAUCACCUUCCUCCACAUCCUCUGAUCCCAUGGAGAUAAUCUCCCAAGAAUCAUUCGAGUUCCGGUUUAGCCCAUCAGAGAGUUACAAAGAGGAGUUCCGGAGCCGGAGUCCGGCCGUCCGGUUCGACAGCGUGGGCAGCUGCAAAUGGCCGGAAGACGACUGCGCGGUUUGCUUAACAGAAUUCGAACCGGAUUCGGAAAUAAACCGGCUGGGUUGCGGGCAUCUGUUUCACAAAGUAUGUCUAGAGAAAUGGUUGGAUUACUGGAAUAUUACGUGCCCGCUUUGCAGGACGCCGGUGAUGCCGGAAGAGGAGGUGAGUUCGUGCUUCUGGUGAUUGGAGUUUUGAUGGAGAUAUGUACAGGUGUUAAGUGUACAGUAGAGUGUUUCAGGGUGUGUGUUACAGAGAGAUUGGUGGUGUACUUUUUUAAUGUACAUACUUUCUAUGAAACUUCUUUUCUGGCCUCUUUGUAAUUUCUUACCAUGUUCUUUUUUAGAGUAAUUUCAGUUUCAUCUUCAUAAGGAA